GUAGGCGGGUGUGCGAGAUUACUACGUUUAUACUAUUAAGAGAAUGUAUUUUCACAAUGCUUCUGCCAUACAUUGCUUUUUGAAACUUGAAAUAGUUUUCACAAUGUAUUUAGAUAACCCACUAAUUGAUUUCAUGUGAAGACGCAGUUCAGUAAAUUAUAAUCCAAGUGACGUCGAAUAAACACUUCCGUUAUUGUGAAAUUAAUUAUCUCUGAGCCCUAAAUCACAAUCUACGGUUAUUGGUUGAGCGAAGAAAUUCACAACACAACUAAUAAAGGGGAAAAGGCGUUCGAAAGUAAAGAUGGAUUAUUACAUCCUGGAUAUGGAAUGCCGAAGACAAAGGAAAACGUUUUUCACAAUCUAUGCACUGGAAUUAUGAAAUCACAAGUUAAAAAUUUCGAAUCAGUUUUGUUGUCUCCGGACCAAACAAAGACCAUUCCCACAACACUAUCCUUUCAUCAUAUAUCAUGUAAUGUAAAAACCCAGAUCUUCUCAUGUAGUUCCCCAAGUUCCAUAAAAGUCCUUUCAGACCUUAGUGGGUUUAUGCCACCAGGAAUGAACGCAAUAAUCGGACCGACAGGAUGUGGAAAGUCUACGCUCCUAGAUGUGUUGGCUGGACGUAAAAAUCCUUCACAACUUACUGGAUAUGUUUUGUUGAAUGGCAAACUUUUACCAAGCAGUGUUCGACGACGACUUUGUGGAUAUGUUGUUCAGGAAAAUAUAGUCAUGGAAACACUUACAAUCCGAGAGAACAUUACUUUUUCUGCUACACUACGAUUACCUCGUUGUACUGCUGCACGUGAAAGAGACGAAAAAGUGUCCAGUGUCAUUGAAGAACUUGGUCUUACCUCUGUUGCUGAUCGGAUAAUUGGAACUCAAUCAACCUGUGGUGUUUCUGGGGGUGAACGUAAACGUACAUGUAUCGGUAUUGAGUUAGUGAAUGAUCCUUUAGUUCUCUAUCUGGAUGAACCUACAACAGGUUUAGAUUCAUACACUGCUGGGACAGUAAUUCAAACACUUAGACGAUUAGCAGACUCUGGUCGGACAAUUGUUUUUUCAAUCCAUCAACCAAAAUAUUCAAUUUAUCGUCGAUUUGAUCGACUUACUAUAAUUUCCAAUGGACAAAUGAUUUACCAUGGACCUGGUGGUCAAAAGCCAAUUCUUCAUUUUGAAAAUUGUGGUUAUUUCAUUGAAGGUCAUAAUAAUCCAGCAGAUUUCUUCAUGGAUAUUUUGCAUGGAGAAUUUGAUAUUGAUGCAACAGUUGUACAACAAGAGAAUAUUCCAGGUACAAGUGAAAAAGAUGUUUGUAAAACCAUCCGUGAAACGGUUUGUCGUAGGCUUAUUGCGUGCUGGCUAGAGUCUACACUGUGGAGAGAAUGCAAAGUAUUUCUGGCAGAAUGUAGUAAGAAUUUUUAUCAGAAUAGAUUAAGUCAAUUGAAGCAGGAAAAUCUAUAUAAAAAUCAAAAAUACAAUUCAGCGACGACAAGAAAAACAACAACGGCAAUCACUAAACAUAUUCAGCAUAAACAAACGAGAUUCAGCAAACAAGACAAACAGCUUGAUUGCGAAUUUGUACAACCAGGCAAUUAUUUAUCAACAAUAAAUAAGGAAAUUGAAAAAUUUGAUGAAUUAUGGGCGUUGAGUCGUUCUCUUUGUACUACUGAUACGAAUCAUGAAGAUGAUGAUGACAAUAAUAUUCACUACCAGAAUGUUGAUUUUCAACAGGAUAAUUUGUAUUCUGCACCAAUGAAUAAUAAUAAUAAUUUCUUUUAUUAUAAUACAACUGUAAAAAGUCAGAAAUUAGAUAACUGUUUUUCUUGUAAAUGCAAAAAACGAUCAUCCAAUUAUCAACAAUGCUCAACUACAUUCUGUUAUCAAUUGUUUACACUUAAUUGGCGAUCAUAUUUAAGUAUGAAAAGAUCAGGCAGAACAAUACUGGCACAUUUUGUCAUACAACUUGUAAUAGCCUUAUUUUUGGGCAUUAUCUAUUUAAACAUGAACAAAUGGAGCGGAUCUGGAAUUCAAAAUCGUGUGGGCUUAUUUUUUAUCACUUGUCUACAUUUAUUAUUUAUUAGCGGGACAUUAUUGGAAGUGUUUUUGAAAGAUCGUUUGAUAUUUAUACAUGAAACAUCAACUGGAUUUUAUCGUAUUUCAGCAUAUUUUCUUUCUAAAAUUUUAUCGGAUGUUUUGCCAAUAAAAGUGAUACCAGCUUUUUUGUGUUUAUCUAUAACAUAUUAUUUAACUGGUCUUCGCUAUGAAUUAUAUCCAUUUUUAUUAUGGCAACUCACUAUUGGAUUGUUAACAUUUUGUGCAUCAGCGAUUACAUUUGCUGUCAGUGCAAUGGUAAAUGAUCAACGAAUCGGAUCAAUAUUAUUAUCUAUGUUAUUUGUUCUAAUGAUGAUAACUAGUGGUUAUUUAGUAAAUAUAUCAACUUUAUGGAAAUGGCUUCAAUUAUUUCGUUAUAUUUCAAUACUACGUUAUGCUAUAAACAUAUUAACAAUAAAUGAAUUAUUUGAUAUGACAUUUUGUCCUGAAACAACAUUACCUUAUUCAAAAUUAUCAUCUGUAGAUUUUAAUCGCAUUAAUGCAAGUGAUUCGCCUUAUUCAAAUGCAACAUCAUUAUUAAUAAAUGAAUGGAAAAACACUGAGUACUUUCAAACUGGGAUUGGAAAAAUUCAAAAUUUAGAAUCUAUCUGCAUUAGCGGUGCACAGUAUUUAGAAUCGCAAGCAAUUGAAUAUCGAUCAAAAUGGGCAGUUUGGCUAAAUGAAUUAGGUAUAUUUGUGAUUGCAAUUUUAGCCUUGUGUGUAGCUUAUAUUCAUUUAAGACUAAUUAAACGAUAUAGAUAG